CAGAGAUGGGGUUUAGGGUGGAUCGGGAUUGGUAGGGACCAUUCCGCGCUCAUUGCAUCCCAACGUUGUUUUCGUACAAUAUCUUCUCUGCAAGGUGUGAUGGGCGAAGAAUGGUGCAACAUUCGCAUGUUUAAAAAAAUGUUAGAAAAUUUAAGCAACAUUACAAUCCCCAAAUUCAUGAACACUGCUUCCACGCUUGAUGAAGCCAUUCCCAAUGAACCGACCCACCUUGCUGGUGGAGGGCU